CCUUUUUGAGCACCAUCUACAUUUCCGUUCGCCUUCGCAGACCGUAUUAUAGGCAUAUUUGUGGUUCCAGAAUAGCGCCGACUGAGUGUGCCAUUCCUACGUGUUUGUCCCCCUGGAAAAAGAGAGGUCCCUCACGGCUGGGCUUACGUCAGGGUGAUCAAACUGCUUUUGAAGGCGACCGCCCCGAGUGCGAGCCUGCUAUCUUUCUUGCGUAUUCAAACGUUAGCGAAGGCGCCAACGCAGUCCACAUGUUAGCAGUACUUGUUAUUUUGGAUGCUUGACCCCUUGCUUCAGGUGGGAGAGUAUCCGCAGUGAACGAGCCGGAAACAAACGCGGUUAGGGGCCAACGGUCAUGGUCGACCAGAGUGAAAAUGUGCAACCAGGCUCAACGCGUAAGAAGCUUGCGGAGGUCCGCACGACGGUGGACACGCCUGCACCGUUGGGAAGUCUGUGGAAUGGAAUGAAUAUGGGAAGCGACCUGUCAAUGGCUCACACGCCUGAGGUCAAGCAGCCAAUAUUUCAAUUUACCCGCCCUCAUGGCUUUGCAAGCUCUAUUUCUGCGCGAGGCAGCUCUUCUACCGUAGUGCCCACCAGCGCGGCGAAGCCGCCCUUGAGCGCGCGCAAUACACCGUUACGCUCUGUCGACUAUCGUAAGAAUACGCCCCCAUGGCCCACAAAGCCCAAUUCGCUAUGGCCGUCAAGCGCGAAAGGGCCGAGCGACACUCCUGUCGCCGGCCAAGCCGCAAGGAAGAUCGAAAAACACACACCUGCCACCCCAUCCCAAACCAAAAAGCCUGAAUCUGCCACUUCCGACGCAAGCAGGGCGCGUUCCACUACUGUCUUUGCCACACCACGUACCCCUUCUGUGAAGAGAACUCCAGGAAAGUCAAAGGGGACUUCUGCUCCAGCGACGCAGUCCGUAGCCGACAAGGCUGUCGCGCUCGCGCAGUUCAAAGGCAAAAUCAAGAACUACAGAUUCUUUUUUGACUGCUUUGAUAAUAAAGUGGCAGCUGAUCUUAGUCGCCAAAUAAAAGAACUGGGAGGCACGGUCGAGCUUUUUAUGAAUAAAAGCAUCACUCAUCUCGUCACUAAUAAACCCAUUCCACUGGAAAGAGAUGGCUCAAAAACGCCAUCCAGAAGCUCUGCCACCACGGGUAGUGUUGUGCGGGCCAAGGAAACAACACCCAACCGCGGAUUGUCUCCAGGCAAACUUGGCAGCCCAUCUGGAAGAAGGGCUCCCAAUUUCUCUGCGUCGAGAGGCAAGCAGAAUGAAGAUAAUAUAUCCAUCGCACGCAAGUUUGGCGCUGUCGUGUGGUCCCUAGACAGACUCGUACGCAUUUUUAAGGCCCUCAACGGAGUUACAGUGCCACGUAGAUUGCAGGAUCAUCUCCGUGAUGAAAAGCUGUACGGUCUCUCGACCAACAGGGAUCCGGAGCAGGAGAAAGCUGCAUUCCGAGCAUUUAAAAGUAGAUUCGUACUUGUAGAAGACGCUUUGGAACUGCAUAAGCCUAUUCUCAUGAAAGAGUAUAAAGAAGCGAAAGAUCCGAAGAAUCCCCCAUGGCCGAUAAUCUUCUUCAAAGAUCGUCAGGGUCGGUGCGCCUUCGUCAGAUAUCCAAGCUCUGCAAGUGACGACAGUUCAACUAGCGUUAGCGACAGGGAUGGACAAGACGAGGUGACGAAUGCCGGCCCAAUGGCCUUACGACUAGUCGACGAAAGCGAUGCGCAUUCCAGUGAUACUGAGGAGAAUGACUUACAAAGGCAGGUCGCGCUACAUCGCCUUCAUGGCGUUGUCGCUUCAGCGGCCUCAGGGCUCAUAUCCGGAUCCACGGCAGUCUUGCCAAAGAGAGAACCUUUAAAGGAUGCCAAGAUGACUCAACUUGGACAACGUGAGCUUGUCGUCCAUCCCCGAAACAAACCGCACAUUCAGAAGCGUAGGGAUCGGAAGCGACCCCAGGAAACGCUGCGUAGGGACCAUCGCAUUGCUGGAAAGGCGUUUUACAACCGCCCGGGCUACUGCGAAAACUGCAACAUAAAAUAUGAUGUUUUUGCGGAGCACAUUGAAUCCAAGAUACACAAGAGUUGGCUGCGUCAAGCAAACUUCCAGGAACUUGACAAUCUGAUUGCAAGUCUUCAGCGCCCUCCAAAAUCGCCCCGUCAAACGAAGCAAAUGCUUCCCUUGGCCACAUCCAAAGAAGAGGGUGACGUUACAAAUGUCCUAGAUACCGUAAUAUUGGAGCAACGCCCCUCAGCAACAAUGCGCAAAGUCCGUGAUGACACUGAUGCUAACCUUAAUGUCAUCAGACGACAAAGUCUAAGUGGGUUCUGCAAGCCCAGUCGUACUGACCGAGACAACCCUUUCCUUGUCCUAGAAAGUCAGCCUGCAGAUGGAGCUCAAGAGCCGAACGCAGAAAUGACUAUUUCAGCAUCACAAGCCGAGCUACCCUCCACGAAAGGCGCCCUCGCUGCACCAGCCUACGCUGGCAAAUCUGGUGUCGUUGCGCACACAACCGACGGAAGCGGUCUUGAAAGCAAUGGUCCUACUGAAAACAACAAGACAUUCUCCGAGGCGCCUGUGCUCGUAGAAAGCCAAACACCAACACUGCCAACUACCAACGUGCUACACAAGCAUCCUACCGCGGAAGGAACACCUGGCCCACCUGCUCGCUAUCCGGAUGAUACCAGUACACAAAUUGCAGCUCAUUCAACAGAAGAUGUUACACACGAGAAAGUAGAAUCUUCAAAUGCGUAUACGGACCAUGUGCGUGUAUUCACGACCCCCCAGCCAUCCACAUUAUCAGCCGCCUUUAACGUGCCCAGCGCUACGACACCCAUUCAUGGCAGACAUCUUCACCUUAUGUACGACCUGAACACCACAAGCUCUCUACCUACCAUUGCGAAUAUAAACGACCCUACGACCCCGUUCUCCGAGCGAUCAUCCUUUAAACGAGGCGCGUCGAUCAUGGAAGGCAUCGCCAAAAGAAGCAGGCUGAUGGAUGACGGGUCAUCUGCAAUUGGCAUGAGUCCUCUUCGACAGCAGAGCAGCGACCUUGCCAAGUACCGAGACAUCGAGUCCUCGAAAAAGGUGGACAAUGAUCCCGGGGGUGUCGACGCGGAAAAAGUGGAAAAUGAGGAUGACGAGGACGAGGUGCUGACUGUUGGCAGCAGCACCCCGAGAGCUAAUUCAAAAUACUGGCCUCGAAGCCAUAGCGACUUCUUGAAAACUGUAUUGAAUGCGGAGGAUCUUUCACCAAAGAAACGCUGGUCGGGAUUAUCAGGUGGAACGAGUAUACAUUCACCCACAGCUUGUUCUGGUGGUACGCCGCGGGGAGGUAGCCGUCAGUGGUCAAUUUCAAGCGAUGGCACUACAGGUCCCUCUUUAAGAAGAAGCAUGCUGCCUGCAAUGAAUGUCACCCCGCUCGCACGACACCAGCGACUGUGCUCGGCUGUGGAAACACCUACCAAAGUUGUAGGUCGCUGGGUUCAAGGUUUGCCAUCAUCCACAGAGAGUGUAGGUGCUUCCGCACCAGAGGGAAUGCUUGUACGGACACCAGCGCCAGCAUCUGCUUCAGAAAAUCUCUCCGAAGCAGCCAUCAAACCUCUGGGGGACUGCAUUAGCGAACCUGCAAGCAGACUUUCCAUUGAUCCUACCAUUCACGAAAACGUCUGUACGGGUGGCCAAGCGCCAACUGAAGCACGGGUAACACCGUUGUCUUCGGAUAAUGUAACGGGAUUGAGAUCCACGGCAUUGGAAGUCAUUCGGACCAAUGAUCUCUGCACUGCGGUUGGCUUCGAACCUAUAAGUAGCGAGCCAGACGAUCAGCCAUGGGUCACCAUACCAAUCUCGAGCAGCAAAAGAAAUGCCCAGGAAGCAUAUGUCAAUCCCGAUUCGCCGACAACUGUUGUAGACAGAACUAGUCUUGCACCCUGGGCAGUGACACGAAAGCGUCUAGCGGACGUGGAUUCUGAAUCAUCGGCUACCAAAAAGCCCAAAACACCAUAUACUGUAACUGGAUUGUAAUUUCGUUUUGGUCUGCAUAGUCCCUUGGAUUGUGUCUUUGUAGAUUUUUUCAUUCUUUGGAUGAUCAUUUGAAUAUAUUCUAUUCAUAUUUA